UCCCACACACUCGACGCAGGAUAUCCACCUCUUUGCGUGUUAACAUACCACAAAAAUCACAAUGGCCGGACCUCAGAGAACCUCCGCCGCUGCCGGCAAGAAGAACCAGAAGGUGACCAAGAAGUUCAUCAUCAACGCCUCCCAGCCUGUCAACGACAAGAUCUUCGAUCUCCAGGCUUUCGAGAAGUUCCUCCACGACCGCAUCAAGGUUGAGGGCCGCACCGGCAACCUCGGCGACACCGUCACCAUCAGCCAGAUCGGUGAUGGCAAGAUCGAGGUCAUCGCCCACCAGGAGUUCUCCGGCCGCUACCUCAAGUACCUCACCAAGAAGUUCUUGAAGAAGCAGCAGCUCCGUGACUGGCUCCGCGUCGUCUCCACCUCCAAGGGUGUCUACGAGCUCCGCUUCUUCAACGUCGUUAACGACGAGGCUGAUGAGGAUGACGAGUAAAUGUUUGCUUUGGGAUAAUAGGCGAAUAUGACUGGCUUGUCGGACUUGGUAUACCCCUACAAAAAUGGGAGUGUUUCGGUGGGAUGAGGGUAUAUAGAGCAAUCUAAGAGUGCCAUGUUCCCUCACAACUUUGUCUUUGAAGAUGCAUGCAUGAUGUGACAACAUUGUGUUCCUCUGUCCGUGAGACAGCGUGUCAUGUCUUCGUCUCUGUCGAUGCAUAUCUACUGGCAGCAUUUCUCACAUAAAAGAAUCCACAUUGUGUAAUGCCAGUUGCUGGCUAUUUAGUACAAGACUUUAACACUUCUAUAUACUAACUGUCCGCCUCUACAGUGUUCGGAGAUUACGAGUACG